CUCUGAUAGGCGCCAUGUGCGGAUUCCCGGGCCCAGUGUGCUGGCUAGUGUCGCCCAUAUAGGACUGGGAUCGUCCCAAGGACUUGGGUUAGGGGAUUUAGGGUGGGCACCGGUUUCCCGACCGUUCGGAUUUUUCAUCAGUCGGGUUAUCCCCCUCCCCUUAGGUCGCUUUCGCUCGUCCAACGCACCAUUAUUGUCGUCGUUACCUUCACAUCUCCUACGGUGCUGCUGUUCCAGCGAAAGACAUGGCGGGAGAAGACGAUGCAAUUGAGCCACGGGAGGGAAAUUCAUCUAGAUCUUCGGAACUCGAAAUACAGAAACGAUACUUUCUCAGUAGACUCAAGCAUUACGCAAUAUCGUAUCGAGAAUGGCCGACGAUACCAUGCGUACAAAGAUGGCAUCUAUUGGGCACCCAACGAUGAUAAACAAAAUGAGAAUCUAGACAUCAGCCAUCACAAAUAUCUGCUCCUUCUCGAAGGAAACUUGACAGCUGCACCAAUAGAAAAGGAUAUUGAGAGAGUGCUCGAUAUUGGAACGGGAACAGGAAUCUGGGCCAUUGACUUUGCAGACGAACAUCCCAAUACCACGGUGAUAGGAACAGACCUCUCGCCUAUACAACCAGACGUUGUGCCUCCAAAUUUGAGAUUCGAGAUUGACGAUGUUCGAGAUCGAUGGACGUAUCCGGUAGACUACUUCGAUUUUAUUCAUAUGAGAGCGCUAUUCGGAUCGAUAGAUGACUGGGAUGCUGUGUAUGGACAAGUAUAUAAACACCUCAAGCCGGGUGGCUACUUUGAGCAAGUAGAAAUCUCAAUAUACAUCAAAUCUGAUGAUGGAAGUCUCCAAGAAGGCAACCCUUUCUUGAAAUUUACACGCAUGUUCGAAGAGGCCGGAGAAAUUACAGGACAAACAUUCAAAAUUGCGGAGAUAAUGAAAGAGAAAAUAGAAAGAGCAGGGUUCGUGAAUGUUGUCGAAAAAGUUUUCAAAGCACCAAUGGGAGGCUGGCCAGCAGAUCCAAAACUGCGAGAGAUAGGGCAGUGGACACUGUUGGGAUUUCUUUCAGGGCUGGAGGGAUACGCGCUGGCGACGCUGACGAGAGUAUUGCAGUGGUCGGUCGACGAAGUUCAUGUUUUCCUGGCACAAGUUCGCCAGGCGGUAAGAGAUCGGUCGCUGCAUUCUUAUCACGAAAUCAGAAUCGUGUAUGCUCAGAAGCCACAAUGAAAUACUGUACUGUACAUGUAGCAUGAAUUCCGCAGCGGGCGAUGACGACUAUGCAUACCUGAACCCCCUUCGACGGCGUGGCCGUCCUUUAUAGACUACGGUCUUGUCAUAUGAUAAUGGCGAAGUCCUUCAAUCUUGACCGCAGCAGCAGUCGUUGAACAUGUACCGCAGCAAAUAAAUUGGUUUG